GGGGACGAAGCUGCUGAGAGGAGAUGAGAGGAUACAGAGGAAUCAAGUACACGCUGUUCGUCUGCUGCUACGUCUUCUGGGUUGUGAGCUCCGCCCUCAUCGCCGUGGGGAUCUACGCCAAGAUCGCCAAGGAGAAAGAUGUUGUCGACACUCUAACAGUUGAUCCAGCUCUGUUGUUGAUCGUCGUUGGCUCGGUGAUGUUCCUCAUCACGUUCCUCGGGUGUUGUGGGUCACUGCGUAACGCCACCUGCCUGCUGAAGAUGUUCCUGGGGAUCCUGGUGGUCGUGCUGCUCCUGCAGAUCGGCGCUGGAGUCAUGGGAUAUAGCUUCACCGACAUGGUGAUGGAGAGGACGGAGAGGCUGAUGAUGAAGGCCAUCGUCAGAUAUAGGGAGGACAGGGACCUGGAGAACGCCAUCGACUUCAUCCAGAAGAAGUUUCAGUGCUGCGGUGUGGAGAGCUACAAGGACUGGUCCCGUAACGUUUACUUCGAGUGUUCAGAGACAAACCCCAGUCUGGAGGCCUGUGGAGUUCCUUUCUCCUGCUGCAUCCUCCUGCAGAACCAGACGGUGCUGAACACCAUGUGUGGUUAUGAGAUGCAGCAGCUGGAGGAACGUUUGGCCGCUCAGGACGUUUUCACCAUCGGCUGUUUGGAGAAAAUCGUGUGGUGGACCAAGAACAACCUGCUGCUGGUGGCCGGUCUGACGGCUGGUCUGCUGCUGCUCGAGGUCUGCAUGAUCAGUCUCGCUGCUGCUCAGACCUCCAGGAUCAAGAAAGUGAGACAGCAGCAGAGAGAGGACGCAGAGAGGAGCAGGUCUGAGAGGAAGGACAGUCUCUGGUUUCCUGCAUUUGCAAACUUUGACGAUGACGAAUAAAGUUGACUUGUGAUGGAUCUUGUUGUGGUGACGGGUCAAUAAUCAGAAACAUGUAUAAAAAUGACAGCAGAAUGUUGAUGGAGCGUUUACACUGUGAAGCUCCACAGAUCUCAGAGCCGCAGAUGAUCUACCUCAUGUAAAAUCCUCUUUAUGUAUCAUCUCUUAUUAGAACACGUUCUAAUAUCAUAAGAAUAUAUCACAGCACUGAAACGACUUUUACUUGUUGCUUAGAAAAUAUUUGAGCAUUUGUGAUUCAUCUCUGUCAUGAAUCAAUCUUGAGCCGCAGUGUGAAAAGAUAUAUUUUUCUAUUUCAAAAAUCUGUUGGAGAUGAAUUCAAAGUGAACAUGUGUUUAUGUUCUAUAUUAAAGAUUCUUUGUUUUCUCUGUGAAUUUAAAACUUAUCAUUGUUUCACAUCAACAAACUUUGUUCCUGA